AUGGGAGAGCUCACCAUCACGCUGGAUGACGUCUCCUCGCUUCUCCAUCUGCCCGUGAUUGGAGAUUUACACGCCUUUCAGCCCUUGCACGUGGACGAUGCGGUUCAGAUGCUGGUCGACUUAUUGAUGGUCUCUACAGAGUCUGCUAGGGCAGAGACAGCCCAAUGUCGUGGACCGUACGUACGCCUGCAAGGGGUACGUGAUAUAUAUGAGCGCCGAUGUCAGACAUGUCAUUGGAAAACUGCGGCUCGCGCAUAUCUUCUCUAUUUUCUGGGUUGCACUCUGUUUGCUAAUAAGAGUGCAACCAAUGUGCAUGUUGUCUACUUGGAGGCCCUUCGUGACCUCAGUAUGACAGAGAGGUACGCCUGGGGAGUGGCUACUCUGAUUUAUGAGCACUUUCCCUCGGUCGCGGAGUCCACUGCUGAUCAGGACUACGACGAGGCUUCUCCGCGUGCGUGCAGGUGGAUUGCGACGAAGAAGACUGUGAAGAGCAUUCGCACGCCGUCGUACAAGGAGCGCCUAGACCGACUCCGGAUUCCGGAUGUCUGUUGGAUCCCUUAUGGGGAGCAUCGGGAGGUCCGAGACUUCCAUGUCAGAUCAUGCUAUUCCGUUCUCUUGCGCUGGGGGCCUGUUGCUGUUUAUUACCGAUCGGAGAGGGUCGUGCGGCAGUUUGGCUACACACAGACCAUUCCUACUCCUCCUGUCGAUUCAUGGGUCUCAUAUGAUGAUAUACACGACAGGUGGAUGCACUAUGAGGAUUAUAUCGUACCAGCAGGUGAGGUGUGCGUUGUGCUAGGGGCGUGUUUCAGUGACUACAUGGAUUGGUUCUUCCGCAUCUCCCAUCCUUUCAUGACACCAAGCCACGCAUUAGAUCCUCUGCCUCAUGGUCACGCCCCGCAGCCCCGAGUCGUUCCUCAGGCCCCGCAGACGGAUAUCCCUCACGUGCCGGAGCCAGGAGCAUCGUCCACAUCUGCGGAGGAGCCUAGACAUGCAGUGGAAGUUUGUGAUGACAUUGCUGAAAGGUUGGAGCGCCAUCUGAGUCUAGGGGUGGUCACGCCUGACUCAUCAACACAUGAGGUGAUCGAAGAAUGCCUCAGAUUGGCCAGGAGUGUGACACAGGACCAUCUAAUAUACAUUAGGUGUAGACGCAAGCGGCGCACUGAUCAGGCGUAG